AUGGAGUCCAAGCUACAAUCAUUAAAAGUGACAGAACUGAAACAGCUGCUGACAGCAGCAGGAUUGGCUGUUUCCGGAAACAAACCGGAUUUGAUUCAGAGAUUGUUGGAGAAUCCACAAGCUACUGCUUCCCUAGGUGGUGGUGAGGGGGCUGCUUCUAGCCCCGCACAACCCCCUGCUGCACCGGCACCAGUAUCUGCUGAUCCAACUCCCACCCCGGCUCUGGCCCUCGCUGCUUCCGAACCCGCACUUUCCACAACCACAACCACUCAAAAUGGCGCAGUGCAAACAUUCACCACUUCCACUUCACCUGCAGAGCCAUCAGAGGAAGAAGGUCGACAAGCCCUAAUCGUCGAACUGGAAAAACGGAAAGCGCGAGCAGCCAAGUUCGGUCAACCACUGGGAGAAGCUGAAAGAAAACUUGAACGCGCCAUUAAAUUCGGUUUAGAUCCAACAGAAGAAGCUGCCGUUUCAAAGCUUACCAAACCUCUUUCUAAUCCUGCUGAUAAAAGGAAGGAAAAGAAGGAGAGGAGGGAAGCGGUAGUGGUGGAAAAGAAACCAGAAGAAACAGAAGACGAAAGGAAGGAGAGGGAGAAGAGAGAGGAAGAGGAGAAGGAGAAAGCUAGAAGACGGGCUGAGAGGUUUGGCCUUAAAACGAGCGGGGAGGGGGAGAAGAGGAAAGGAGAAGAGGCGAAUGGGGGUGUGGAGAAGAGGGUUAAGGCUUGA